CUGGGAUCCGACAAACCCUAACAAACUGUUAAACCCACCCCUCCAAAACAAAACAGAGGAAGAAAGAAGGUGUGGUGGGAGAUGGAAGUGGAGUCUCAAAAUCGUGAGUCUUGUUCGGCACAGAGAUUUGGUCUGAAGAACUCAAUUCCGACAAACUUCGGGUCGGACUACGUGUUCCAGAUUGUCCCAAAAGGUGAUUGGACGGCAAUAGCGGUGUCCUUGUCGACGAACAGCGUAAAGCUAUACUCGCCGGAGACAGCUCAAUACUACGGAGAAUUGAAAGGACACUCGGAUACAGUAAACCAAAUAGAGUUUUCAACCAACUCUCCACACCUUCUUCACUCUUGCUCCUCCGAUGGUACCAUCAGAUCUUGGGACACCCGUUCUUUCCAGCAGGUAGCGUGUAUUGAUGCUGCUGAUAAUGGUCAAGAGGUCUUUAGCUUCUCCUUUGGAGGUUCUGCUGAUCAUCUUCUCGCUGCUGGAUGCAAACACCAGGUUUGUCUUUGGGACUGGAGAAACUCUAAGCAAGUUGCUUGUCUUGAGGAAUCCCACAUGGACGAUGUCACUCAGGUACGCUUUGUUCCUAACAAUCGGAACAAACUUGUUUCUGCCUCUGUUGACGGUUUGAUUUGUCUCUUCAACACUGAAGGUGAUAUCAACGACGAUGACCAUCUCGAUUCUGUGAUCAACGUGGGAACCUCAGUUGGCAAGAUAGGUUUCCUUGGAGAUUGCUAUCAAAAGCUCUGGUGUCUCACUCACAUUGAAACUCUUAGCAUCUGGAACUGGCAAGAUGGAAGCUGUGAAGUCAACCUUGAGAAAGCUCGGGAGCUUGCAUCUGAUCGCUGGAGUCAAGAUAAUGUUGACUAUUUCGUUGAUUGCUAUUGUCCAGGGGGUGAACACUUAUGGGUGGUAGGUGGAACCUGCGCUGGUACCAUCGGUUAUUUUCCGGUGAACUAUAAAAGCCCUGGAUCAAUAGGCCCUGCUCAAGCCAUUCUUAGUGGAGGUCACAUAGAUGUCGUCAGGAGCGUCUUGCAGAUGCCAAGCGAGUAUGGAGGAGCUGCAGGUUUAUUCGGAUGGACUGGUGGUGAAGAUGGACGCUUAUGUUGCUGGAAGUCCGAAGACAAUUCUGCUGCUGGGAACAACAACAACCGAUCUUGGACCUCAAACGAAUUGGUCGUCAAGCCGGCAAGAAACCGCCAAAGAAACAGACACUCUCCUUACUAAGAUAAUUGGAAACAUGUGUUCUGUCUUGGGAGCGUCUUUUAUGUUGUAACAGUAACGAAGACAGUUGCUUGAGCUUUGAGAUGUCUCAGAUCUUUUUUUUUUAUUAUUGUAUUUGAAAGGCAAUUUCUUUAAAUGGAAGUUUGAAAGAUAA